AUGGACCUGUUCUCCGCCGCCUGCGAGAACUUCGGUCUGGUCAUUAGCACGCAGAAGACGGUGGUAAUGCACCAAUCACCACCCAACACCGCCACAGCCCCCAACGUGCCGCCGCAAGUCAGCGUGAACGGAACCCAACUGCAAGUGCUGGAGAACUUCCCGUGCCUGAGCCGUACCCUCUCCCGCAACACCAAGAUCGACGACGAAGUCGCCAACAGGAUCUCGAAAGCCAGUCAAACCUUCGGCCGCCUCCAAAGCACAGUUUGGAAUUGCCACGGUCUUCAACUGAACGCGAAGCUGAAGAUGUACAAGGCCGUCAUCCUGCCGACACUACUGUAUGGAGCGGAGUCUUGGACGGUGUACGCAAAGCAGGCACGCCGUCUGAACCACUUCCACCUCAGUUGUCUUCGUCGCAUUCUGAGGCUGAACUGGCAGGAUCGCAUUCCCGACAAUGAUGUUCUGGAACGAACGGGAAUCCUGAGCGUCUAG